AUGAAUUUGAUUACUAGUAAUUAUAUGGGAGAGCGAGAGACAUCAAAGAAGAUAAUUGUAGUGGGAGACGGUGGCUGCGGGAAGACGUGUCUUCUUAUUAAAUACACAGAGGACAGGUUUGAGAAAGACCACAAUGUAACUGUCUUUGAGAAUAAGGAGGUUCCCUACUUGGACAGAGCGACAGGAACAACCUACAUGCUCAACAUAUGGGACACUGCAGGACAGGAUGACUUUGACAGAAUUCGGAAGCUAUGCUAUAUUGACACACAGCUUGUGCUUAUAUGCUUUGCACUGAACAAGCCCGAGUCAUUUAAGAACAUAGAGGGAAGGUGGAAGGAGGAGGUUGACCACUUCUGCAAGGAUGUGCCUAGGAUACUUGUGGGAAUGAAGGCAGACCUGCGAAAGACAACAAGCGAAGACCUAAUAUCAGAAAGCAUGGCGCGCCAGCUGGCAAGCAGCGUGUCAGCGAAGUGCUAUGUGGAGUGCUCAUCUGUAACAGGAGAAAAUGUUGACACUGUCUUCGACGAGGCAAUGAAUGUUCUGCUGAACAGAACAAAAAAAAAGAAAGACCGAGGCCCAUCGUGCAAGACGCUCUAG